GGUUUAGAGAGAGAAGGAGGAAGAAGGAAGAGAAAAAAAUAGGGCUGGGCUCAUAGCCAUCAGGGUUUAUAGAGAGAGGAGAAGAAGGAAGAGGUUAUGGGCUUCACAAACCCUAAUUGAAGAGGCCUUAGCUGAUUUUUAGAAAGAGAAAAGGAAGAUGGGAUGCUAAUUUGAGAUAGUUUGAAGAGGGCCUUCCUCUCUGAUUUGGAGUUUGGGAUGUUGUUUGAGAGAAAGCCCUUGUCAAGAGGCCUUAAUUGAUUUUUAGAGAGAGAGAAAAGGAAGAGGGUUUUCUAUUUCCUUGGGGAAACAGCAAGCAGAGCUGAAGAUUAGGUUUGGGGAACUAAUCCUAUAUGUACAAUUGCUUGCUCCUAAAUUUAUAGGACAUAUGGAAGCUCUCACAGCAUAUCGCCACUUGCUCAAAGCUAUUGAUAAACAUAUUGGGAAAGAUGGCAAUAAGAGACAUUUUAGGGAUUUUGUGGUUCAAGAGUUCAGAAAAAACUCUAAGAUUUCGGAUCCUACUGAUAUUCAACAGAAGAUAAAACUGGCGAAGGAUUACAUGUUUCUCCUCACCAGUGUUCAUCAUCAUCAGGAUCUGCUGUUCUCUUACAAUAUCGCUGUGGAUAGAGAAGGUGAAAUGAAGAGGACCAUAACAAAGUCAGCUGCUAGUGUCGGUCUUCAGCUUCCUGAUGUCUAUCAACCAUGAGAGUUUCUUUACUAAGGUCCUGGUUUUUGGCAUAAAUCUUUCUUUCAAUGUCUUCUUGUUCAUAUAGAGCUGAUGGUUGAGAUUCGAACAUUGCAGACGUAGAAUUGGAAAUCCAUUGUUGAUGCUUUUCCUUUCUAGAGAGAGCCAAAGCACAUGGCUCUAGGGUGUUCUUGCCCAAUUUCUAAUGUACGAGAAAAUAAUGAGGGUUCAUUCCAGAUCAAUUUUGAUAGUGGAGCCUUUGUUUCAGAGGAGUGAUUAAUUAAGGUGACCAACUGAUGGUGUUUUCUUGGAGUAGUUACGCAUGCAAGCCUCUUUCUUUUAUGAGUAAUAAAAAAUUUUAUUCGCCAUUUUGGUCAAUGUUAUUUUUCUAGCCAGUGAACAAAGUGGCCAAAACCUCAUCUUUAAGGGCAGUAAUUGUUUUAUCGUAUUUUUCUGCUCUUUCCACUGUC